AUGCGGUGUCACAGUUCAGCUGUGACCGUGGCCAGGCGCCUGUCAGUGAGGGCAUCUGCUCUGCCGGAGGGCGGCCACGGAGGGCAGGGCGCGCAGGCGUCUGGCCUGGGUCGGUACAUAAAAAAGAAGCAGCUAGACCCCCUGGACACGUACGUACCGCUGGUGCUGGAAGCGCAGGAGCAGCUGCUUGCGCUGAAGGGCACAGUCGCCGACGACGCCGCCGGCGCGCGCGAGUCGCUGCGCUCCGGCGCCUUCUCCGGCGUCCGCGACAACGUGCGCGCGGUCGGCGAGUACGCGCAGCAGGCCGGCGCGAAGGACGCGUCCGGCCUGGUCAACGGCUUCUUCCGGAAGCUAGAGGCGUUUGACCUGGUGCUGUACCGCGCGGUCAAGGCGGACGAGCGGCCCGACGAGGCCGACGCGGAGGCCAAGCUGCAGGAGUCCGUCGAGGCGCUGGCCGCGCUGAUCGCGACCGUGCCGGCGGACGUGCUGGAGCGGUCGAGGCGGGUGCUGGAGAAGGUCAAGGGGACGGGCGGCGGCGGCGGCGCAGGCGCGGGCGAGGGGGCGGCGCCGGCGGGGCCGCAGCCGCAGACGGAGGACGUGGAGCUGCUGCAGGAGCUUCUGAAUGUGUAG